AUGAGCUGCAAGAUCCUCCCCGACUUCGUUAAAGACAUGAAGCGCGAUCCCUCCGGCAGGGGAAUCACCCACCUCGGCAAGGACGGCGUCCUACGUACCCUCUCAGCCGACUACGAGGUCCUCGACGCGCGUGGCCUCAACCCCGAGCAGAUCAAGAAUGCUCUGGCUUGUUUACCUCCGGGGCCAAUCAAAAAAGAGGACUUUCGUGAUGUGGACGGUACAAAGGUUACAAGUCGAGAAGAGCUAUUUCAUCCGGCGCCGGGCAUCCUGCCGACAAAAUAG